UUGCAGGGCAACCACUUCGACCAGUAUGAAGAAGGGCACCUGGAGAUAGAGCAGGCGUCCCUGGACAAGCCCAUCGAAUCGCCCAGUUUUUAAAGCCAGGAUAAUAUCGGACACCGCUUACUGCAGAAGCAUGGCUGGAAGCUGGGCCAGGGCUUGGGCAAGUCGCUGCAGGCGUUAUGAUCCUGGACUUGUUGUGGUGAUGGUAAACUUAGCAGUGGUAAUUUUUAAUUUUCAGACUGAAUUACUCCUUUUGUCAUCAGUGCACCAAUAUGUUAGGCUUACUUUCUCUGUUGUAGCCAUCAUCCUUCUGCUUGGUCUUUCAUUUUCCUUUCCUUUCUUUAUGCACACUUGUCUGAUCCUCGUUCAUUAAAGGGUAUUGCUAAGAAGGGACGUUUCUGUUUGUGUUAGAACUGCCAAAAUCAGUUUAAGCGUCAAUUUCUAAUACUGUCCAAACUUGAUUUUCCCCACCGUGGGCACCAGCACUUGCUACUGCAAUUUACAAAGAGAUCUUGAAAAACUCUGCCUGCCUUAGAAGGCAGAAGCUCCGCUGCACUGUUUGUGUGCGGGGCUCCACGAGGCGGCACCCGCGCUCUCCAUUGCUGGAGAACCGAACCCCAAUCCGACCCAAAACGAAGCUGAGAUGCAGAAUGGUCGGCACGCGUGGCCAGCCAUGCUGCUCGGGUUUGCCAGCCCCGCCUGAGACGUUUCGAAAGUGAUGCUGCGCUUAGGAAGCCAUUUUUAUAACCCGUCUUUAAUUUGGUCCUUUUGCUAAAAAUUGCAGUCACUGCUUCCUGUAUUAUACCAUUGGGCGAAAGAGAAACGUUUCAAAUGAGGAACAGCAUUAAAGCAGCCAAAGGCGAGCGUGGUUCCAAAGAGCCACGGUGCGUCGGCGCGGCGGCCGCGCUUGGAGCUGUGGCCGCGUGCCAUGGGCGCCCCUAAAACAACGCAGCCUGAAACGGAGCUGUGUGCCUGCCUGAGGCAGAGCCGUGCUGCUCGCUCCAGGGCCCUGGAGAAGCGCUCUGCAUCCAUCCCAGGAGCUCAGCCCUCAGCGCCCUGCGCCGCAGCGUCGCUUUGGCCUGGGAAGGCCUGCGGAUCUCAGAGCCCAAAGGUAUAAUGGUGUUGUAUGUGUGUAUAACAAAGCAGGUGUUUACGCCGACCCAGAGCCAUGAGCAGGGCUGUAAACAUUCUGUUUUCUCACCCAGGGUGUGCGCCGGAGAAGGUAAGUGCUGUUCCAGCAGGUUUACAUCGCAACCGACAGCGCGGGUUGGGAUGUAACGUACAACAAAACAAUCCAAAACAGAGAACAAUCCAAACGAAAUUAAAAAGCUGUGGUAGUAAAGUGCUUGCGUGCCCCAUUUUGCUUUGUUUGGCUGGUUAUGAGUGGAUUAAAGAUAAGUUGAAAAAACAAAUAAUAAUGAAAACCAAACCCCAACAAAAUCUCCAGCGUAGUUUGAUUAGUUCCAAGUCAAUUCUCUUCGCUAGCAGUCCUUUUCACAGCUUGCAGCCGCGUCGCCCCGCGGCCCCGGGGGAGGGCGGAGGUGGGGGUUCUGUGCUCCUGAGCAGCAGUGGGGUUCAGGUCUGCGAGCUGUGCGUGGAGCACAGCGGCUCGUUGGCAGGUCCUGGCAGCACACACGCAGCAGGACGUGCUGCGCUUGGGCGCUGAGCACCAGCUGGUUCCUCGGUGCCGUUGGAAGGCACGGAGCUGUGCCGCGUGGGGCCGGGAGGCACGGCUGGCUGCAAGCUGUGGGAAUGGCUCGUGUUUGGUUCACUGUAGCUUUCUGGUCUCUGCACUCCAAGGCAAGAUCUCUAACCACCCAAACCCAAUGUGUCGAGCGAGCCGCGGGCACGGCGCAGCCCCUGACCGCCUCUGUGUGUUCCUAUUGCAGGGAGGACAGAUCCCAUCCCAAUUGUCGUCAAGUACGAUGUCAUGGGCAUGGGGCGCAUGGAGAUGGAGCUCGACUACGCCGAAGAUGCCACUGAGCGGAGGCGUGUACUGGAGGUGGAGAAAGAAGACACCGAGGAGCUGAGGCAGAAAUACAAGGAUUAUGUGGAUAAGGAGAAGGCGAUUGCCAAGGCUUUGGAAGACCUCAGAGCCAACUUCUACUGCGAGCUCUGCGACAAGCAGUACCAGAAGCACCAGGAGUUUGACAACCACAUCAACUCCUACGACCACGCUCACAAGCAGAGGUUGAAAGAUCUCAAGCAAAGGGAGUUUGCUCGUAACGUCUCCUCAAGAUCGCGGAAGGAUGAAAGGAAGCAGGAGCGGGCCCUGCGGCGCCUGCACGAGCUGGCCGAGCAGCGGAGGCAGCCGGAGUGCGCUCCGGGAAGCGGCCCCAUGUUCAGAACCACGACUGUGGCUGUGGACGAGGAAGGGGGGGACGACGACGGCGCUGCGGCCAACAGCGGCUCGUUCCCCCAGACGUCGGGCCUGGGUGGGGAGAUGGGCGCAGACAGGGGUUUCCUAAACGUGGGGCACAUGGGGGGCAGCGCCGGGCCGGGCCAGGCACCCCUGCAGGCAGCACAGGCUGUCAGCUUUGGCAUUAAGGGCGCGCCGGGAGCCCCGCUGCAGAAGAUCGGCGUGUCGUUCUCCUUUGCCAAGAAGACUCCGGUGAAGCUGGAGACCAUCGCUUCGGUUUUCAAGGACCACGUGGACGAAUCGAGUUCUGCAGAUGGGGCGAAAGCUGAUGAGAAAGGCUCCUCGGAUGGAGGGGGCCUGCAGAAAGCCGGAGAGGGCGAAAGCACAAACAGUUCUGACGGCAAGGCGGAGGACGACGACCACGACAAGGACAGCGGCUCUCUGGCCACCACGCUGUCUAAACUGAAAAAGAUGAGGCGGGAGGACGGACCGACGGCGGUGGAGCCGGAGUACUACCAUUACAUCCCCCCGGCCCACUGCAAAGUGAAGCCCAACUUCCAGUUCCUGCUUUUCAUGAAGUCCACAGAACAAACGGAAGCUGAAAACGUGAACAAAAAAACCGCAAAUGAAGUCAGAAAGGGAAAUUCCCCUAAACCCAAACCCAGCAAGCACGUGGAGAAGGCAGCCGAGAGCACGGCCCCGCCGAAGGAGCAGAGUGCUGCCGAAAGCGGCGCUCAGCAGGGCGAGGGGGAGCAGAAGGAAGGCCCAGGAGACGUCGGCGCGCAGGAGAGCGAGAGCCUGGCAGAGAGCGGCCUGCCUGAGCCCGGCGGCGCUGCGCAGCCUGCCCCGAGCUGUAGGGAUGCCCCAGAGGGGCCCAGGCCGCCGCCGGGGCCCUUCAUCCCGGUCCUGAGUAAGGAUGAGAGCACCACUCUGCAGUGGCCUUCGGAGCUCCUCAUCUUUACCAAAGCGGAGCCGUCCGUCUCCUACAGCUGCAAUCCUCUGUACUUCGACUUCAAGCUCUCCCGCAACAAAGACGCAAAAGGGAAAGGGGCCGAGAAGCCCAAGGAUCCGGGCGGGCUGUGCAGGGAGAGCAUCCAGAGCGCCGAGUUUGGAGAGGUGAGCAGAGCCAAGGAGGCGGACGGCAGCGCCGACGGCUCUGGGGGGGCGGAGAGCGGGUCGGUGUCCCAGGGCAAGGAGGGCUGCCUGCAGGGCGAGGGCGACGAGAGCGGGAGGAGCGGAAGCGGCCGGGGGAAGGCUGGCAAAUCCCACAAGCACAAGAAGAAAAAGAAGCACAAAAAGUCCAGCAGGCACAAACGCAAACACAAGGAAGAGCCCGAGGAAAAGAGCUGCAAAACGGACCCGGGUGAGGAGAAACCCAGGAAACGGAGACGGCGCCGGCACAAGAAGGUGAAAUCCUCUCUUUCUACCGAGUCGGAGCGGGCGCUGAAGGCGGAGCUGUGCGAGGAGCGCGGCCACUUGCAGAAGAAGAAGCGCCGCUCGCAGGAGUCGCAGAGGAAAUCUCUGUCGGCAGAGGAGGGCAGCAGCGGGAAGAAGGAGGACAGCGGCGCCUCGCGCCCCGAGCACGGCGCCAAGAAGCGCAGGGCUGCACGCCGCCGGUGCCCGGGGCCGCGCCGCAGCCGGCGGAGCAGCGGGGACGAGGACGACAGCGACGAGGGCUCUGGCGGCGCGCGCUCGCAGUACAGCGACGACUACGGGUCGGGCAGCGAGCGCUCGCAGAGCCGCUCAGCGUCGGGGCGCGGGCGCUCGUCGCGGCGCUCCUACUCCAGCAGCUCCGGCGCUUCGUCCGACCGCAGCCGCUACAGCCGCCGCCGCAGCUACUCCGACAGCUACAGCGACUACAGCGCGCGGUCGCGGUGCUCCAAGCGCUCGCGGGACUCGGAGGACGACUCCGACUACGGCAGGUCGAAGCGGCGUAAGUACUCGUCCUCUGAAGACUACAGCUCGAGCCGGAGCAGGUCGAGGAGCCGCAGCGGGAGGUCGAGGACGCGCAGCCGAGGCCGGACGCGGAGCAGCAGCUGCAGCCGCGGUCGCGGCAAGAGGAGAAGCCGCAGCGUGACGGGGCGCAGCUGGAAGCGCAGCCGCAGCUACAGCCGGGGGCGCAGCAGCAGGAGCCGCUCGCAGCGCUCGCUGUCCAGGAAGGGCUCCCGCGGCCACGAGAGCCCCGAGGAGAGGAGGCCGGGGAGGAGGGACUUCAUCAGGUCCAAGAUCUACCGCUCGCAGUCGCCGCACUACUUCCGAGCGGCGCGAGGCGAGGGGGCCGCGAAGAGAGAGGACGGCAGAGGGGAGGAGCCCCGGGGCUCCCAGAGCAGCGGCUCGGGCGCCGGCCGCGCCUCGGAGGGCGACUGCAGCCCCGAAGAGCGGAACUCCGUCACCGCCAAGCUGCUCCUGGAGAAGGUCCAGUCCCGGAAGGUGGAGAAGAAGCCCUGCGUCGCCGAUGAGAUGCUGGCGGGGGCCGGCAAGGUGGGCAUCAAGCUCAAAGACCCCCCGCAGGGCUACUUCGGCCCCAAGCUCCCUCCCUCUCUGGGCAACAAACCCGUGCUGCCCUUGAUCGGGAAACUGCCGACCGUGCGGAAGCCCAGCGCCAGGCGGUACGAGGAGUGCGGGAUGGAGAGGGGCGAGGAGCUGUCGGAUUCCGAGGGGGCGGAGGAGGCGCCGCUGGGCGGGCAGCCGCUGCUGGGGGACGCGGCGAUGGGGCUGCAGGACGCGGCUCCGGAGGAGCGGAAGCGCGAGGAGGAGAUGCCCUCCGCUCCCCUGGAAGCGCCGGCGCUGCCCGAGUGCUUCGGCUCCGGGGACCUGGUGCUGCCCCACUCCUUCCUCGCGGCCCCGGCUGACGGUGAGGCGCUGGAGCCCGUGGACGGGGGCGGCCAGGCCGUGAUGCCGCUGGUCCCCGACGUGGAGCACUUCCCCGGCUUCGUGCCGCAGGGCGGCGAGCCCGGCUUGGAGGGGGACCGCGACGGGGGGGAGGACGCCUCGCUCGCGCCUCUGGAGAGCCAGCCCAUCACCUUCACGCCCGAGGAGAUGGAGAAGUACAGCAAGCUGCAGCAGGCGGCCCAGCAGCACAUCCAGCAGCAGCUCCUGGCCAAGCAGGUCAAGGCUUUCCCCGCCUCGGCCGCGCUGGCCCCCGCGGCGCCCGCCCUGCAGCCCAUCCACAUCCCGCAGCCGGCGGCCGCCUCGGCCACGUCCAUCACCACGGUGCAGCACGCCAUCCUGCAGCACCACGCCGCCGCUGCCGCCGCCGCCAUCGGCAUCCACCCGCACCCCCACCCGCAGCCCCUGGCCCAGGUGCACCACAUCCCGCAGCCCCACCUGACGCCCAUCUCCCUGUCCCACCUCACCCACUCCAUCAUCCCGGGCCACCCCGCCACCUUCCUCGCCAGCCACCCCAUUCACAUCAUUCCGGCCUCGGCCAUCCACCCGGGCCCCUUCACCUUCCACCCGGUGCCCCACGCUCUCUACCCGACGCUCCUCGCCCCGCGUCCCGCCGCCGCCGCCGCCGCCACGGCGCUGCACCUCCACCCUUUGCUGCACCCCAUCUUCUCAGGGCAGGACUUGCAGCACCCCCCGAGCCAUGGCACCUGAGGGGCACGG